AGGAGGAAAGGGUCCCUGGCCUUCGGAGAGCAGGUGAGAACGGUGCCAGGGAGCCUGGGGACGGAGGGGACAGAGGGAGGUGAGAAGUGGGUGAGAAACAAGGCCGUCGACUAGAGGAUUGAGCAGACAAGACUGGGAGAAAAGGUCUGAGCCACAGGGGCCAAUGGUUUAAGGGAGGUUGAGGAUUGAAGGUGGAUGCGGAUAUGUUAGUGAGCUGGGGCUAUGGGUGUGCCUCGGUGGCAGGGUGCUCACUUCCGUUCCCCAGCACAGCAACAAACCAACAGCCUCAGAGAGCUCUAUUUGUGCAUCUGUACACCAUGAAAGCUGUUAGAGGAUUGAAAACACAGGAGAGACAAUGACACGAGUGGACAGGAUCCUCAGAGGACCCAGAAUCAGGGGACACAGGAAGAGGUAACUCCUGGUGGGGAAGACAGAGUGGGUGAGUCUCCCACCUACUCUUCACACAGGCUCCUUCUCCAGCCUUCUCCCUCUCUGCCUUGAUCCUUAGUGUAUUCCUCCGCCCCCAUUUCUCUCUCUGGAGAACCUUGGGUAUUGCUGGGCAAUUGCUCUUCCAUGAAGCUACAUUAUCAUCUUGUCUUUCUUUUUAUGUGUAUGUAUGAGAGCCUGCACGCUUCUCCGUGAACCAUGUGCAUGACCGGUGUCUGCAGGAGGCCAGAAGAAGGCAUCAGAGUCCCUGGAACUAGCAUUAAAGACAGUUGUGAGUCCCCCAUGCAGUGCUGGAACUCAAACUCGGGUCCUUUGGAAGAAUAGCCCAUGGUCUUAACCCCUGGGCCUUCUCUCCAGCUCUACCUCUGCUAAUUUUACUUGAGAUUCACUGUGGGCCUGGAAGGUCUCACUUAAAACAGUACCAUUGCCAGAAAAGAAAAAAAAGUCAUAUUAAGGAUGAUCUGGAGUAGGUUCUGUUUUGCACUUAAACACCAGAAAGAGAGGGCUCAAGUGCAAGCACUCACGGAGGCUCUCUUAGGUGUGAGUGGUAGUCUAGGACCCUGACACUCCUUCCUGCAGAAGCAGUUCCCUCCAUCCCUGUGAAGGCCUCAUCCGUUCCCCAGUUUCUCCUGGCUCCCUUACCAUGGCCCUAUUGCCUAAGAGCUACCAAGGCCCAAUAGCACAAAGGCCCCGAUGGUUCCACAGCCUCCACACCUCCUCUCAGCCGAGCAACACUGCCAAGAAAAACCAGAGGGCGAGUGAGAAAACCAGUUGUGAUCUGCCCUGUCAGAGGUGGCAGCGCAGCAGCCGGCCCCACCUCCCCGUGCCUCUUGGAGCCUUGGGAUGGAAGGGGAAGCAGACAUUCCAGGAUCAGUUUCCUGAAGCUCCAGUCCAUCCAGCUGUCUGUGGGGGAGCAGCCCUGGAGCCAGCAGCAGCCACCAUGGCCCAAGGACCAUCUGCCCAGAGAUGGUACCACCCAUGGUGGACUGGGCCUUUCCAUCUCAAUCAGCAAUCAAGAAAAUGCCCCCACAGACAUGUCCACAGGCCAAUCUGAUGGAGGCAAUUCAAUUAAGAUUCCCUCUUCUCAGGCUGCCCCAUCCCAGGGCUAGAGGUGGCCCUCACAGACCUCCAGAGCUCCCGGAACAAUGUGAGGCACCACACAGAGGAGAUCAGUGUCGACCGCCUUAUUGUCCGCCGAGGGCAGGCCUUCAGCAUCACCCUCUACUUUAAGAACCGGGGCUUCCAGCCGGGCAUGGACAGUAUCAUCUUUGUGACUGAGACUGGACCCUUGCCAGACCUGGCCAAAGGGACACGGGCAGUGUUUAGCCUCACAGGCAGUGGUGGCCCAAGCCCCUGGAUUGCUUCCCUGGAGGCCAAUGGGGCCACCUCCCUGGAAGUGAGCCUGUGUGCCCCUCCCAUGGCAGCUGUGGGGCGAUACCUCCUGAAAAUUCGCAUCGACUCCUACCAAGGUUCUGUCACGGCAUACCAGCUCGGGGAGUUCAUCCUGCUCUUUAAUCCCUGGUGCCCAGGGGAUGCAGUCUACUUGGAGAGUGAGCCCCAGAGGCAGGAGUAUGUCAUGAACGAUUAUGGCUUCAUCUACCAAGGGAGCAAGAGCUGGAUCCGCCCAUGUCCCUGGAACUAUGGGCAGUUUGAAGAGAAUAUCAUUGACAUCUGCUUGGAGCUGCUGGAGAAGAGUCUGAACUUCCAGGUUGACCCGUCCACAGAUUGUGCCCUGCGGGGAAGCCCCGUCUACACGAGCAGAGUUGUGUGUGCCAUGAUAAACAGCAAUGAUGACAGUGGGGUGCUCAAUGGCAACUGGAGUGAGAAUUACGUGGACGGUGUCAACCCUGCAGAGUGGACUGGCAGUGUGGCCAUCCUAAAGCAGUGGCAUGCCACGGGCUGCCAAUCAGUGCGCUAUGGACAAUGCUGGGUCUUCGCUGCUGUCAUGUGCACAGUGAUGAGAUGCCUGGGCAUCCCCACCCGCGUGAUCACCAACUUUGACUCCGGCCAUGACACAGACGGGAACCUGAUCAUAGACGAGUAUUACGACAACACAGGCAGGAUCUUGGAGAAUAUGAAGAAGGAUACCGUCUGGAAUUUCCAUGUGUGGAAUGAGUGCUGGAUGGCACGAAGGGACCUCCCUCCUGGACACGGAGGUUGGCAGGUGCUGGAUGCUACCCCUCAGGAAACCAGCAAUGGUCUCUACUGCUGUGGUCCUGCUUCAGUCAAAGCCAUCAAAGAGGGAGAAGUCGAUCUAAACUAUGACACGCGCUUUGCGUUUUCUAUGGUGAACGCUGACUGCAUGUCCUGGCUUGUCUACGGAGGAAAGGAGCAGAAAAUUCACCAGGACACGGCUACUGUUGGGAAUUUUAUUAGUACUAAGAGCAUCCAGAGUGACGAGCGGGAUGACAUCACAGAGAGCUACAAGUAUGAAGAAGGUUCCCUUCAAGAGAGACAAGUGUUUCAAAAGGCUCUACAGAAGCUAAAGGCUGGAAGGUCUCAAGGGUCACACCAGGGAGACUCAAAUCCCUUCAGCUCCAUGCCACCAAGGCAAGAUGGUUCUAGGAGCCUAGACACGCCUUCCCUCCGACCCAGCGAUGUCAUCCAGGUCUCUCUGAAGUUUGAGCUGCUUGACCCACCUAACAUGGGCCAAGACAUAAACUUUGUCCUGUUGGCUGUCAACAUGUCACCUCAGUUCAAGGACCUCAAACUCAAUUUGAGUGCGCAGUCUCUGCUGCACGAUGGCAGCCCCCUGGCCCCGUUCUGGCAGGACGUAGCAUACAUCACACUGUUCCCUGAAGAAGAAAAGACCUACCCUUGCAAAAUCCUCUACUCUCAGUACAGCCAGUAUCUGUCAACAGACAAGCUAAUCCGCAUCAGCGCCCUGGGUGAAGAGAAGAACAGUCCUGAGAAAAUCCUGGUGAACAAGAUCGUCACCCUGACUUUCCCAGGCAUCGUGAUUAAUGUUCUAGGAGCAGCCUUUGUGAAUCAGCCACUCACUGUCCAGGUGGUCUUUUCAAACCCACUCUCAGAGCCUGUUGAGGACUGUGUGCUGACCUUGGAAGGAGGUGGCCUCUUCAGGAAGCAGCAGAGAGUUCUCAUUGGAAUCCUCAAACCCCAUCACAAGGCCAGCAUCACUCUGAAGACUGUCCCUUUCAAGAGUGGCCAAAGGCAGAUCCAAGCUAAUCUGAGGAGCAAUAAGUUUAAAGACAUCAAGGGUUACAGGAAUGUGUAUGUUGACAUUGGCGUAUAGACUCUGAGACAGAGCUGGAGAGAUGGCUCAGCGGUUGAGAGCAUGGGUUGCUUUUGCAAAGGACUUGGGUUAGAUUUCCCAGCAUUCCCAUGAUGGCUCAUAAUCAUCUGUAACCCCAGUUCCAGGGUAUCCAACCAACAUGCAUGCAGAAAAAAAGCAUUCAUGCACAUACAGUAAAAAUAAAUAAAUCUAAUUUUUUAAAGAAACUCUGAGAUGUGCUGGACCUGUGGAUUUUACACUAAAGGUUUCACAGACUCUGACAUCAGCAGCAAUGGAGAUGCCAGAGAUAGCCUGUUACUGGUCUGUUUAUGAAGCUUGCCAGGACUCUUCAGCACCAGGGAUUCUAUGGUAUCCACACAGAGGUGCGAUUUGGCACAGAGGUCAAGGGAGGACAGGUCUUAGCAGCUCACUGUGGCGUUGUUGUCGUGGGACUAAACAACAUCAGCAAGCUUCAUUCCUCCUCCUUCACCUCGAGGAAUCAUCACUUUCUCUUCAGAGCUCCUCCUGCCCUUCUGUUGCCAGGAGCUUCCUGUUGUUUCAGUGCCUGAGCCCACUCACUCACUCAAGAAGUCUUUGUUGAGUGUCCAGCGUACGGCCAAUGCCACUCUGAGUGUAAUAGAUAAGACAGUGAAAAAAGCAAAGGCCCUGGCAUUGUGGCACCUGCAUUCUAGCGGGAACACAGAAGACAGACACUAAACAUCUCAGUAGGUGCCUAGCACAAUCCAGGCCGAAGAGCAAAAAUCCCCCAACAUGUCUUUAUACACCAUGUUCUGUCUCAGUUUCUUGGCAAAAAGGGAGAAAAAUAGACUAGGAUAUCUCUUGCCCCGACCUUCCCUUAACUAUACUCCCCAUGUGACAUUGAAGCCAUUCUUCAGUCCUCACAGUCCUGGCAUCUCCAUGUAACGUCGCCAAUGCAUUUGUGUUCUUGGAGGCCUGCUGUUGGCUGUUAGUGAGGAAGCAAAAGCCACCCGAAUAAUGCAGUGAGGUAGAUAUUUGGUGGAGACUGAGACAGCCUCAGCGUUUCCUACCUGUUGCACCUGAUGUUUACCGUCACUCAGACCCUGCCCUGUCUGCGCUACCGAACAUAAAACAGCUCUGCGUCUCCUGUCCCAGGAUACUGCCCUCCAGGUACCGGCUACCGUGACUAAGACAGAUGUCCUAGUAAAUGUACAGACAUUAAAUAAAGAAGUCAACGACUUCCAUUACACCUAAACAAAAGGGUCAAUGUCGUUAAUCAGAAGGAGAGAAGGGGUGUGGUGGGAAUUACCUGGUAAGCUGGUUGUCUUGUGGGAGAGUCAUCUAAGAACCUGGUGGCACAGCGGGCAGUAACCUACAAUUAUUUUAUCCUCUAAUUAUUACAUGACAACAACAAGAAAUCCUGUAAGGAAAACACCCUGGAGAGUCGCAUCUGACAGAGAGGGUGACCUCUGAAAUUCUUGGGAAUUUUUAGCUGCCACAUCCUCAAACUUGUUCAUGAGACCUGUUGGUAACACCACGUUCGUCAACUCACUCAACAAAUAGUUACGGAGUUUCUUCGAGGCACAAGGUCCUAAGGCAGGCUGGCACUGAGGAUAGAAGAAAGACCAGAGCCGGCACUCAAGGAGCUCAAGUGUAGACAUUUGGAGAAUCUAAACAACAUGCAAGAUUCUUAAAGACUUUCAAUAAAUAAAUAAAUUUUUACGUUUCUUUGGUGUGUGUGUGUGUGUGUGUGUGUGUGUGUGUGGUGUGUGUGUGUGUGCAAACAUGCAUGUGUGAGCAUAGGAACAUCAUGAACGUCAUUGCAUACAUGUGGUGGUCAGAGGACAACUUGAGGAAGUUGGCUUUCUACUUCUACCACGUAAGUUCAAGGGACUAGAACUCAGGUCAUCAGGCUUAGCAGCAAGUGCCCUUACUGUUGCUACAUGACCACACAUGCGCUGUCCAGUAGCCAAGCAAGAGGCUUAGUCAUCCUUUACAUCCUUCAUAAUGCGUGCACUGUGUGAUCACGCAAUUUACGAGGGCAGCGUGAUCACAUAAUCUAUGCACAUGUGUGAUGCAGCUACGUAAGCCCAUAUGCGCAUGUGUGGGGGGAAUCCAUGAAAAGUGGGUCACAGACUCCUCCCCCUUCUUCUUCUUCUUCCUCCCUCUUCUGCACACGUCUUCCAA